AUGUCGGGGAGGGAGCUUGGCGGCCAAUACAUCCGUGAGCGAAACGCGUUCUCACCUGGUCAACGUGGUAUCAGUCUCUUGGAAAUGCUUGGCUGUCUUCUGUUCCUAGGAUUUAAAGCUCUCUUAGAUGCCAUCCGCAUAGCUUCGUUGCGAGGGGGCUUUGGGAUUAUCCUGCGACUAACGACUCCUUGGUCCUUCGCGACUCCAUGGCAGAUGUUCCUUCGGGCGGCGGAGAACUAUGUGGAUGCCAGGGUGCUGCCCUUACCUGUGGACCAGCAAGAAAGCACCGGGGUUCUCUUGAACCGCAUGGCACCUGAAAUCGUGCAAUCAGCAAAGCAGCGGUUGGAGGGGGCUCUCAAGACCUUCCAAGACGCGCGGCGUGAACUUGCGCUGGCCUAUGGCGAGCAGACGAGGGCCUACUUGGUGCCGGAGUAUCUCCGAAAUGCAAGGGAGCAGAACGCCUUCAUCAUAGCCAUUGCAGGGAACCAGAGUGUCGGAAAGUCUUCCUUUGUCCGCGCGUUCCUGGAUUUCGAGCAACCGACAGAUCCCCCAACGACCACAGCUCCCGUCCCGUACGUCUACCCAACUCAGUCCGAUGUACCGUGCAUGUUCUGGGACCUGCCACCUCUUGGUGCCGCCGGCUACCCCGCGGAGACCUACAUGAAACUUCUGGGCAUGCGGCAUUUCGGCCUAGUGGUCGUGAUGACGGACAACAAGAUAGCGGAGGCGGAGCUGCUCCUACUUGACGAGCUGAAGCACUGGAAGGUGCCCUAUGUGGUUGUGCGAAAUAAGCUGGACGUGGACAUCGAGCGAGAGUUCAUGGCAGAGCAGCUUGUUUGGGAUGCGCGCGGCUUGAAGGAUGGACUGGACGACACCGUCCGGGCGGAGAUCCUUUGCGAUACCGUUGCCAGCGUCAAGGAAGACUUGUCUGAUCUUUACGACGUGGAACGACGGGAACUGAGUUUGUUGAUUCUUCACUUGGCACUUGUGAAGGUAGCAGCGGUGGCAGUAGCAGUGGCAUGA